AUGGGGCAGAAUGUUGCAGAUUACAUGUGUUACUUGAUUGAAGAAGAUGAGGGUGCUUACAAGAAACAGUUCUCUCAGUACACAAAGAACAACGUAACUCCAGACAUGAUGGAGGAGAUGUAUAAGAAAGCUCAUGCUGCAGUACGAGAGAAUCCAGUGUAUGAGAAGCAGCUUAAGGAAGAAGUUAAAAAGAAGAGGUUGAACCGUCCCAAAAUGUCACUUGCCCAGAAAAAAGAUCGGGUAGCUCAGAAGAAGGCAAGCUUCCUUAGAGCUCAGGAAUGGGCUGCUGAGAGUUAA